AUGGAAAGGGCUCCAUUCAAAAAUAUAUUAGAGGGUGCAACACGUUCUGAGUUCUUCAGUCUUAGGCAAUUUAAACUCUACCAUGAAGGUGACAGAUUUCCAACUGUCCAAGAAGCCACUGCACACUUAUUGUUAUUAAAAGCAUUCGACAGGCUUUAUAGUAAGGUGACGAGUCAUAUACGAGAAGAAAAGGACAAAGUAAUUCCCUGGAAGGUUUAUGUGACAAAUGCUGUUCGUAGAUUCAUUAUCUUUCUCAAUGCACUCAAGUCUCUGAGGAAAUUAGAUUCGUUAUACCGACCCUUUGAUGGUGAUUUCGGUGACCAUCCGGAAACUGUUUUGAAUUUGCUUCCAGAUGACGAUUUUCAGUACUUUAAAAAAGUUGAGAACCGAAUACCCAACGCUCUUCCUGGACUCCUUCCACCAUUGGAUGUGGUUUUAGUUUGGCAUGCAUUCUUACUCAACCCCAAAUCCUUCUAUGACAAUUGCAUUAGAAAUGGACUCCAGGAUUUUGCUCUCACAUCAUUCCCUUUAGAUAAAAUUGCUGGAGCAAUUGAUUGGGAUACCUUUGAAUACUGUCCGGAUGAGAAACAACGCUUGGGAUUCCACGAACUAAUGAAAAACGCUGGAGUCGUUGUUGAAUAUGAAGUAGACUUAAAGCACUUGGUAACAGAAAAGGUGUGCGUUUUCUGUCCAAUUUGCUUUAAAUUGUUGUCCACUGUACCUUACACGGAUGCCUUGGGCCACGGCUUUGCGGAUAAAGACUUUAUUGCAGAAUUUUCCCGCAAAGAAUGUGCCUGUUACUGUGAAGGGUUUCGAGGUACCAUUCUCUCGCAUGAUAAUCUUAGAAAGAGGCAACUUGUCGCUGAUGUUUAUGUUGAAAAGAAACGGUUACCUUGUAUAUACAGAUAUUACUCAAGUGUCUUGAAGGGAGAACCAAAUGAUGAGAUGCACAUCAAUAGAAUUGACUAUCUUGUGAAAAAAUAUUUACGAGAGAGUGUUGUAACUAAGAUUGUACAAGACAAAGAUUCUCCUUUGGAUAAUGCUUUACGGAAAUUGGCAAGAGGAUCAGCUACACUGAAAAGCCAAAAGAGAAUAAUACUAAAUACCAAAUACAUUCUUAGAAAUUAUCCCCAAAUGAACUUGAUUCAUGCUACCAUUCCACCUAUGAAGCAUAAUGUGAAAAUAUCGGAAGAUUUAGUUGGAUGUGUUCUUCGCCAGCAAAAGUUUGUCGAUAAAAUGAAUAAAAUUGGAUGGUUAUUCUCUCCUGUAUUAAAGGAAACAUUAUUAGAAACUAGUAUAAGAUACACUAGAUUCAUUUCCAUGCUCAUUACAACAGAUGGGAUAUUGGUUCCCACAUUGGAUAUCGACUUAAUGUGGCAUACCCACUUAUUGUCCCCCUUCUUCUACCUAGAUUAUUGCAGAAAAAAUGGAAAGAAUGUCGUUGAUCAUGAUGAUAAGAUAGAAGAAGGAAAAUUGACCACUAGGUUUGAAGAGACCAGUAAAAUUUAUAAGACAAGAUAUGGUAAAGAGUACAGUUUAUGCUUCUGUUGGUUUUGCGUGAGUGCCAGAAACAACUGUAGAAGCAAAAUCAAACGUCUUUUCAAACUGAAAGGUGACUUGGAGGAAAAUACCAAGAGAAACAUUCUCACAGAUGAGAAUGCUAUAACGGAAGAUAAAGGAGCUGGGCUAACGCAUAUAUCUUCUCAUAAUGCAAUAACAAUUCCUCGGGGGAAUAAUUUGGUUAGCGUCAGAAUGAAAAGGAAUUACGGAAAAAACGAUAAUGGUAAGAUCUAUCCUUGGAGAGAUGAUAUAUACUACUAUCAUAGCCUGUCAGGGAUGUAUGUCUUACCUUAUAAUUCUCCAAUUCCAGCAGUUGAAAGUGAUUAUUGGGGCUCCGAUGGAGGCUGCUGUGCUGUGAGCAACCACGGAGGAGCAAGUUGCUCAGGAGGGGCUAAUUGUGGAUCAAAUACAGCAGCCUGUGGCAAAUCGGGAGGAGCAUGUGGUGGAUGGGGUGGUGGCGGCGGCGGAUGCGGUGGAGGUGGUGGUGGAUGCGGUGGAGGAGGUGGUGGAUGCGGUGGAGGAGGAGGUGGAUGCGGUGGAGGAGGAGGAGGAGGAGGUGGUGGUUGCUAG